GUAGUUCCACGGCCUCCAACUCAUUCUCGUAAUUUCGUCUAUCUGACGCACGAUUAAAGAUAGUACUAUCUAUAGCCGUGAUCUGACGAUAACGGAGAUAACGAGCACGGCUCUAUCUAAAGCCGUGAUAACGUGAGAUAACGGAAUUAGAAAACCACGGAGGUGAAUUGUGAUAACGUGAACGGUAAAAACUAAAAACUAUGUUCUAAAGUUUAUUACGCUUAUUAAUAUUUAGUUUAUUAGGUAGUUUAUUAUUAUUUUUUAUAUAAUAGCGAUUUUACAUUUAUUAUUACGAAUAAUUACCUACCAAUUAAUAUUGAUCGUGUGAACGCAAAGUACAAACUCAACGCUUAGUCUGAUAUCGUGCUCAGUGCUGUGUUGUACCAACUCGCUGCUGCCGUCUGUGGAAUCACCUUCUGCAGCAGAAGCACACGGGCCAAAGCAAAAUUUGGAGUUUUUUUUUAUUUAAAACAAGAGAAUUGAUUACAUUUUUUCCGACCAAAUACGAUACACCAAUGGGCGAAAAACGUAGUGUCAUGUUCGUAUGUUUGGGUAACAUUUGUCGAUCUCCAAUGGCUGAGGCUGUGUUUAACGAGGUGGUUAUGCAAAGAGGUCUAGCAGACAAGUGGUAUGCUGAAAGUUCUGGUACAGGGGGAUGGCACGUAGGCUGUUCACCAGACCAUCGGACGAUGUCCGUACUGAAAAUCAAUGGUAUAAAAUACAAGCAUUCAGCACAAAAGUUCAAUUUGGAAGACUUGAAUAAGUUUGAUUUUGUUUUUGGAAUGGAUAAGAGUAAUGUGGACUGUAUCAAUCGCAAGAAACCAUCGUACAAUACAAAAGCAAAAAUAUUUUUGUUAGGGUCAUUUGAUCCAGAAGCAAAAACCUCUGGGAAAACUGAUAUAGAAGAUCCAUAUUAUGAUACUGAUCUUCGAGGAUUUGAAAAAUGUUUUCAACAAUGUAUGAGGUCUUGUCAAGCAUUUCUGGAUGAAUAUAAUUAAAUUCUUUUUUAUAUAUUUUAUAAAAUAAUAACAAGUAUAAUAAUUAAUAAUAAAUAGUUAUUGAAACAAAA